AUGCCUAAUUUUAAACAUCGUAGAAGUCAAUCGUGUCCGAAACCAUUUCAUUCCACAAAAGUACGCAAAUCAAGAAAACCAGACUGGGAUGACACAGUUAGUGAUUUAUCAGUGUACAGGCCAAGCAAAGAGCAAUUAGCACAAAGGAAGUUAUCUCAUCAAUCAUCUAAUUCUCAUGUUUGGAAGGAAAUGCAAUUACAAAAGAAACUAGCUAGAAUACAAAGAUCGACAACCGCUUCACUGAGAUCAUCGAAAUCCUUAACAAGAAGAUUUGGUAAUGAUGAUAAUGAUGAGGAUGGUGACUACAAUUAUGAUGAUAGUGAUGUUGAUGGAAGUAGUAGAGUUAGUGGAAAGUGUUUCAAGAAAUCCAUCAAGCCUUACUUCCAUGUUGAGCCCAUUGUGACCAAGCCAACUAUGAAAGGCAGGCUAGAUGAGAAAAAGUUGGAGCAGUUGAAAAAGUUUCAAGUGCAGCUUGCGGACGAGCUAAAAAGAGCGAAAGACGCAAAUGUCAUUCCACUUAAUAAAGAUUUGUGGCUGGGGGCAGCAGUAGCAGUACCGGUUGUGCUACAGCCAUUUUACUCAAGCCACCCAUUCAAAUGGAGAGUCCUUUCUUAUUAA